AUGCGUCAUCUACUCGUCCUGGCUGUCGUGGUUGCCACUUGCCUGACUGUGGUGAUCCCUCCUAUGCAAAGCAGUGUAGUCAAAUGUAUGCUAUGCAAGAUGGCAGUACAUGUGGUCUCUCCACUACUCGACGAAGGAGCUGAAAAAAUCAAACAGGAGCUCGGCAAAAAAUGCAAGGAAAUCAAGAACCCGUUUCUAAGCCUCGAAUGCGAAAACUUUAUCGAAAAACAUCUGGAUCCAAUUGUUGAAGAACUGGAGUCGGGAACGGCAGAAGAAGACGUGUGCAAGAAGAUUCAUGAGUGUUAA